UCAGUGACAAAAAGGAGACUCAAAGGGAAAGGAUUAGAUGCUCCACAGUCAAUAGGAUAGUAUUUGCAUUGCACGAUGCACAGUUUUAAUGACUGUGUUUGUUAUUAAUCACAGGUUACAUCUGGAAAGUAGUGCUGUAAAUCUGACCCGUUUGAGGAUGCCUACAGCUGUCAAAACAACAUUUGAUGGCAUAACCACAGAUGCUGGCAACCUGGACAGAACAUUGCCAGAAUGGGAGAAAACCAGCAGGAAUAUACCGAUACCUGUUUGCUUUAGCAAGAUUCCCCAAGAGGCUGGGAAGAAUUUCCCUCACACCAAACAAGUCGGGACUUAUCUGGUGGGCAAAAUGAUCAACAAGGGUUCUUUUGCCAAGGUGAUGGAAGGCUUACACAUCCUCACCGGGGAGAAGGUAGCCAUAAAAGUCAUUGACAAGAAAAAAGCCAAGCAGGACACCUACGUUUUAAAAAAUAUGAAGCGUGAACCUCGGAUACACCAGAUGAUUAAGCAUCCUCAUGUUGUUCAGCUAUAUGAGACCUUGGAGACUGAAAACUCCUAUUACAUGGUGAUGGAACUGUGCCUAGGUGGAGACCUCAUGGACAGAAUCUGUGACAAAAAAAAGCUGGAGGAAAAGGAAGUGAGAAAAUACACCCGGCAGAUCAUGGCAGCGGUUGAACAUCUGCAUCGCCAUGGGAUUGUCCACAGAGACCUGAAAAUUGAAAAUUUCCUUCUUGAUGAAAACAACAACAUCAAAAUAGUUGAUUUUGGACUGAGCAAUGCUAUAAAGUUUGAGGGUCUCUCUCAGGAACUGCUAAAUACCCAAUGUGGAAGCCCAGCUUAUGCAGCCCCAGAACUCCUAGCUCAUAAGAAGUAUGGCCCAAAGGUGGAUGUCUGGUCCAUUGGUGUUAGCAUGUUUGCUAUGUUAACUGGCACAUUGCCCUUCACAGUGGAGCCAUUUAAUAUCAAGCAACUACAUCAAAAGAUGGUCACGGGUGAAAUCAGCCCCAUUCCAUCAGAUAUCUCCCCAGGAGCUGUACAUUUCAUUCAUUCCUUACUUGAACCUGAUCCAGCAAAGCGGCCUUCAGUUAAAGAAGCAAUGAAAGACAAAUGGCUGAAUGAAGGAUUCAUUAGGAAACCACUGAAUUCCAUUAUAUAUAAAAAUAGGCUUCACCCUGAGGAACUGAACCCUGUGGUUCUAAAUUACAUGACAAAAACAAUGGAGCUCAGUCUUUCAGAAGUCAUCAACAUUUUAAUAAACAACAGACCAUCUUCUGUCAUGGCUUCAUAUUGCUUAUUGCUCAGGAAGUUGAUGAGUUAUCAAAAAGAACAAAAGACAAUGAAGUGGGAAAACACAGUAGAAAAAUGCGAUGGUAAACCUCCUAAACAUCUGACUCAAGAGUCAGAUAUUCAGAUUUUCCAAAAGGCAAAAGUGGCCACAGCAGAAGGUCUCAACAACUGUGACAAUAAGACAUUUCCUUCUACAUUAACCCCAGCGAUGCCAGAUGCCAUUAAAGAAGACGAAAUUGCAAUUACACUGGAAAACCAAGAAAACUUCUUAGAAGUUUCCAAGUUUGCAGACAGAGAACUGGUUCACCUUGAGCCUCCUAAAUCACCAAAUCAAAAUGGUUUAUGUGACCCGAUAAAGCAGCCACCUGCUUCUCUGCAAGAGAAUGUGGAUGCUUCUGAAGAGUUAGCUGAAGUCAGGAAAGCCAGUCUUCCUGAGAAACUACCCCCUGCAUUAGUACAGAAUCAAGCACAUUCUGCAAACCACCAGGUUCAAAGGUCCACAACAUCAUCUACAAGUAGAGUCACACCACGAUCUCUAACAGAAAAUAGACUAGUAGGCUGGAGCACUGUGCCCCAUCAGGACACAAAAUUUAAAGACCUUCUGAAAGCAGUGGAUGACAACGUUCCAACCCCAACAUGGCGACACCCAGGAAAAGAAAGUCCUAAUCAAUUAAUGAUUAAAUCUCCACAGCUUUCCCCUUUACCCAGGCUGAGACAAGCUGCCCUGCGAGACACCAUAAUUAAAAAGUUUUCCUGGAUGAGAUCAUCACCACAAACAAGUGGUCCCCCUCCUUUUCUGAUCAACACUUCCAAACCUCCAAUUUUCCCUAUGCCUCAACAACAAACAUUUAUGGUAAGAAGUUUGAGGCAGUCAAAAGAAAACCCAAGCAACUUGCUUAACACAAAUAAGAGAAACUUGUUCCAACUCAAGAAUACUCAUAAAACUACAGAUCUGAAUCUUCCAGUAUUAUCUCCACCUUAUCAAACUAGAGCAGAAAAAAAGUCAGAGAUUUUUAGGUUAGAUCUUGCAUAAAUAAAACACAUGCACAGCAGCAUUAGAAAAUGAAAGGGAGUGCUAUGAUUAAGAGAAAGUGGAGCCAAAUCUUAAAAAUAGCAAAAGCUAUAAACUUUCCAUAAGGUAUAAAGCUUUUAAGUGCAAUAUCACAAGGCUCUUUGCAAGAUUUGCAGAAAGUAUCAAAGGUGUAGAAAAUGAGAUGCUGUCAUGAAGAAUACCUAUCUGAUAAAUUCAGGCCCAAAAAUUGAGAAUGUGGGCAAAAUGUAUGGUUUUGAAUUUUGCUAUUGACAUACAUAUUUUGAUGCAAGCUGUGGAUGAUUUUGUUAAUGCAUGACAUGCAGAAAAAAAGAACUAUUGAGUCCAUUUCUUUCUCCUACUUGACUACAAUGCAAAUGUAAACAGACAGCUAAAGUGAUGGAAGAUUUCAAAAAACAUCUGCCUUAACAGACUAAAGAUAUUGCUAAACCAAGCAAGGAAUUUUUUGCUUUUAUCUAUGGAAUAUUUAGUCAUUAAUCUUUUAAUUUCACUGUCCCCUGGAACUGACAGAAAGCCAAGGUUUUUGCAUUUAUAAUUCAGUGAGUUAUGACUGCACACUGGAAGACAGAAGAUAAAAUUUGUCCCUAAAUAUUGAAAACAUUCUUUUGUUUAGAUUUACUAUAUUUUUUUCCUUUUUAUCAGACUUUGAGCCCAUUUUUGUUCUCAUGCCAGUUUUAUAACACCUACCUCGUUACAGUUGUGUGGAUUUAAUUUUGAUUGACAUAUGUAAGUGAGAGGAAAAUCAGUCCCUUCCUAUUUCUAGCUUUGAAAUCAAUGUUAAUACCUCUCACAUGGCUAAGUAAAAGAUGACAACAAACUUAUAAAUUUGUAUUUGGAAUGAAA